CGUUCCAACGAAGCAGGGGCAAGAUAUUUUAACUGAUAGAGGCACGAUCUCAGCCGUUAAAUUUUCAAAAUCAACGAUGAACAUAUUUACUCUUUUCACAUAAAUAAAGCAAAUACAGCAGUCCUUUAAAAAUGUGACACGUGGACAAAUUGCUUAGCGAACCAGGAGAGAAAGAUCAAGUGGACCCUUUGGGCUGAGAAAAAAGCUUAAAUAGGGUGGCUAUUGCCUAACCAGCCCUUCAGAAAGGGCCGCCUCAUUCCAAACGGCCACUUCUCACCUCGUAGAGAGAGAGAGAGAACGAAGGAGAGAGAACGCUUCUAUCGCUUGCUUUCAGACUUAAGAAAUGGGUGCCGGUGGUCGAAUGAAUGUUCCUCCAGGCUCAAAAAAAUCAGAGGCCGAAAGCCUUAAACGAGUUCCACACACAAAACCACCAUUCGCACUUGGCGAAAUCAAAAAAGCCAUUCCACCCCAUUGUUUCCAGCGCUCUGUCAUUCGCUCAUUCUCUUAUGUCGUUUAUGACCUUACCAUUGCUGCCAUCCUUUACUAUAUUGCUACUCGUUACAUCCCCCUCCUCCCACACCCUCUGUCUUACCUGGCUUGGCCCAUUUAUGGCUUCAUUCAGGGUUGUGUCCUAACUGGUGUUUGGGUCAUAGCCCACGAGUGUGGCCACCACGCCUUUAGUGACCACCAAUGGCUUGACGAUACCGUGGGCUUAGUCCUUCACUCUUUCCUUCUCGUCCCAUACUUUUCAUGGAAAUACAGCCACCGUCGCCACCAUUCCAACACAGGCUCUCUUGACAAAGAUGAAGUCUUUGUUCCCAAGAAAAAGUCUGCCAUGAAAUGGUACUCUAAAUACCUCAACAACCCCCCUGGCAGAUUCCUCACUCUAACAAUCACUCUCACUCUGGGCUGGCCUCUUUACUUGGCCUUCAAUGUCUCGGGCCGGCCCUAUGACCGUUUUGCAUGCCACUUCGAUCCAUACGGCCCAAUCUACUCGGACCGUGAGCGGGCCCAGAUAUACCUAUCUGAUGUGGGCAUUCUCGCAAUGUGUUUCGGCCUUUACAAGCUGGCUAUGGCAAAUGGGCUUGCUUGGGUUUUAUGCGUGUAUGGAGUCCCAUUGUUGGUGGUGAAUGGGUUUUUGGUGCUGAUCACUUUCUUGCAACACACUCACCCAUCGUUGCCUCAUUACGAUACAUCGGAGUGGGAUUGGCUUAGGGGAGCUUUGGCUACAGUGGACAGAGAUUACGGUUUGUUGAACAAGGUCUUCCAUAACAUCACAGACACCCAUGUGGCUCACCACUUGUUCUCCACAAUGCCUCAUUAUCAUGCCAUGGAGGCCACAAAAGCUAUCAAGCCAAUACUUGGAGAGUACUACCAAUUUGACGGAACACCAGUGUACAAAGCCAUGUGGAGAGAGACUAAGGAAUGUGUUUUUGUCGAAGCUGAUGAAGGUGAAGUCAAAGGUGUCUUCUGGUACAACAAGCUUCGGGAUUGAAUAAGUAAACACAAACGAAUUUCGUAACUGAAAUUGCAGGUGGGAUUUGGGGAAGUUCUUAUUUUGUUCUUUAACUUGUAUUGUUUUACGGUGGUUUAGUUCGUGUACUUUGGUUAGCUUUAGUUUUAGCUGUGCGUUUUGAUUUUCUUGUUCGUGUCUAAUUAUAUUUUAUGUGGACGUGGACCCCAAAAAUGAUGGGUUAAGAAUUAUUAAAAUGGAGAAAAGACAAAAUAAAUAUGAUGAUGAGAAAGAUGUGUAGUUUUGAGGUCUAGUUGGGGUUGUCUUUGAAUGUGUCUUGUUUCUCGGCAGAAAGAAAGCGUCUACUGUAGUUUACGAGAGCAUUGGUUUAGACUGUUGGUUCAAAUCAAUUUCCUCUGCUUGUUCUCAUUGAAAUAAAAUUGAGUUCUAUUAA